CAACAUACAGCAAUAUGCACAAGCUGGUUGUGCCUCAUAAAUGUUCAACCCAUCGGUUUACAACGUUGGCGCUCUAUCGAGCCCUUCUCCGACAAUGCGCCAAGUUACCUGAGGAUUUACCGGAGCGCAAUGCACCCAAAGACCACAUACAGCUACGAUUCCACAGAUACAAGAAGCUCCAGAGCCCGUCCCAAGUAGCGCACACACUAAAAGCAGGAUACGAUGCCCUCGACCUGCUCCACGCCAUCUCGCAAGGCAACCACGAGAAGACCGAAUACCUUCGAACCCUCCUCUCAGAAACCACCUUAAACCGCGAGCGCAAGUCCGCCGUCCAGAGAGAAUUGGCCCGGUUAAAGCCGGUCAAGCCCCCGAGCACCCUGGACCUGAGGAAGCAAGCCAAUAAGGAGUUCCAGAGGAAAACCGCCGUGCGCCAUCCGGAUGCCGAGUCCGUCCUGGCGCGUCCUAGACCGGUCGUCAACGGGAUACGCCGCGUUCCCAAGCUCGUGAGUGCGCGUGGAAUUCCGAUGCUGCGGUUCAAGAAGCCUCAGCCCGCAAUCGUAGGGCGCGUUAUCCGGGCCAAACAUCGCAAACGAGACAAGUCGCUCCUCGAGCGAGAUUUUCUCAUGCAGGAGAUACUAUGGGCUAAGGAUGAGGACCAGUGGGACCACUUGACCGGCCAAGCAGAGGCUGGAUGCGUCCCGUGGCGUCACGCGUUCGACCUCUCACUCUCGAAGAAUAAAGAAAGAAUUGCCGAAAUGGACCAGAAGGAUCACGACCUUACUGUGGCCAUGUGGAAUAUCGUUUUGAAGGAGCGGAAAUUAGCCGCCAAAGAGGCUCAAGAACGGGCCGAUAAGGCGUCGGCUUCCCAGGAAGAGAGCUCGGAUGAGAACAAGAACAGAGGAGGGUCGGCAAUAUGAGAUCGGCGAUAUGAAGCACAUGGUCCUCCCCAAGUAACCACGUCGGUUGGAGACCAUAGACUACUAAUGUUUGGAUGUCUGAAGUGGAGGUCAUGAUUGGAGCAGUAAUCCCAACUUGACCCAGCAUGCUUAAGCAAGGCCCUACUGGGCGGUUCUGCAUGCUUUCCAGGCGAAUAAACCCAAUUCUUUCAAGUUUCAUAUAUAUGAUCAG